AUGGAGCGCAGUGAGGCCACUGCAGGAGAUACUCUUCAGGUCCGAGUGAAUGGAAGCAGUUCUUGUGCCGGUAGAGUUGAAGUCCUCUUUAAUGGUCAGUGGGGCCACGUGUGCAGCUACGCCUGGGACCUGCCAGAUGCAGAGGUGGUGUGUAAGCAGCUGGACUGUGGAUCUGCCAUUUCUGCUCCUCAUCUUAUACACCUUGAGUCUCUUCCUGAAGACCGAGUGCUGACUGGAGUAAAGUGCAGAGGGAAUGAAACUGAGCUGAGUCAGUGUGAGGCAGCAACCCAGGAGGAGCGGCCUUGUCAGCAUGAAUGGGAUGGAGGUGUUAUUUGCGCAAAAUCUACUCAAGAAAAAAAUAUGGAUGACACAGGAAGAGUAGAUGUCUAUUACAAAGGUCAAUGGGGAACAGUUUGUUCAACUAACUGGAGAAUAGAAGAAGUACAACUUGUGUGUAAGCAAACGGGGUGUGGAGAAGCAGAAACUGUUCCUCAAAUGCGUAUACCCUCUGGUGAUGCUCCCAUCUGGCUGGAUAAUGUCCACUGCUCAGGGAAUGAAACCUUCUUAUGGGAAUGUCCUUCUAAUCCCUGGGGCCAACAUGAAUGUGAUCACAGUAUGGCAGCCACAAUUAUAUGUAAAGGAAGGAUACGUGAUUUUUCUGGACUUAUGGUCUCUCCAGCUGUGGAGAACACCCUCUCAGAUGGGGUGGAGGAUGCCUGCACACACUCUGUGAAAGGAGAAGCUACCAGUAGACUGCAGCGAGAACUGCCAGCAUCUGAGCCAGCCAGACUCUGUGCUGUCAAUAUAUCACUUGAGAAUGGAGGAAGUCCCUGUGCUGGCAGAAUGCAAAUUACAGCUAACAGUGGGAAAAGUACAUUUCCUGAUGAAUUAAUUAACAGUCCAUUGGCGGACGUUUUGUGCAGGCAGCUUGGUUGUGGAUCAGCUGUCUCAGUCAAAAGAGAGGCUUACUUUGGAGAAACGACUGCUGGUCUUUGGACUAUCCCAGUUCAUUGUGUGGGAAAUGAAUCAUUUAUCUGGCAGUGUUCUUCCAAACUUUACCCUAGUGCUGAAUUUUUUGAGGACAUUCAGAGUAAUUUUGCAGGAAUGGUGUGUUCUGCUCACUUACAGCCAAGAUUGGUCAGCAGUGAGGACCCCUGUUCCGGCCGUGUAGAGGUGCAGUUUGGAGAGACCUGGGGGACAAUUUGCGACUCCAGCUGGGACAUCAAGGAUGCCAAUGUUGUCUGUCAUGAGCUUCAGUGUGGGGUGGCAGUGGCAACUGCUGUAGGGGCUCUUUAUGGGAAAGGGACUGGACCUGCUUGGAAUCGACAGUUUGAAUGCAUGGGCAAUGAGUCCAUUUUGUUUGACUGCCCUCAAUCACAACCCCUGGCUGAAAACUGCAGUGACAGCAGUGACAUGUCAAUUAUCUGUUCAGGUAGAGGAGGCCCACGUUUGGUAGACGGGGCUUCAAGAUGUUCUGGAAGAGUAGAAGUCUUAUAUGGAAACAUUUGGGGUACCCUCUGUGACAAACACUUGGACCUGCACACGGCUCAUGUAAUCUGUAGACACCUUCACUGCGGAACAGCUGUUUCGAUUCCGUCAGGAGCACAUUUUGGAAGAGGAACAGGUCCAGUCUGGAAAAGAAGUUUUCUUUGUAAUGGAAGUGAGUCAGACUUGAGAAAGUGCAAAGUGUCCUGGGAUAAAGCAUCUUGUGAUCACAGUUGUGAUGCCAGUAUUAUCUGCUCAGAUGCUGAAUGGCACCUGCAACUAACAGAUGGAGGAAGUCAUUGUGAUGGUGUGGUACAAGUGAUGCUUAAUGGUACCUGGGUCAAGUUUUUGGAUUCUGACUGGGAUUUAGAAGAUGCUAGUGUGGUCUGCACUCAGCUAAACUGUGGACAUGCAAUAGAAGCACAAAAAUCCUCAAGAUACAUGUCUGAAAGAGGCAGGGUCCUACUUACUGACAUCAAUUGUGCAGGAAAUGAAUCGUCUCUACAGGACUGCUCUCAUUCGAUUAUGUCUGAAAGUGUGAAUAUUAGUGGCAGUAUUGGAGUGCUUUGUUCAGAGCACCACAGAGUCCGUCUGGCAGGUCUGAGCAGCCAGUGUGCAGGGAGAGUAGAAGUAUACCAUAGGGCCAUCUGGGGAACGGUCUGUGAUAAGUCAUGGGACCUGGUCGAUGCACAAAUUGUGUGCAGACAGCUGGGAUGCGGAACUGCAGUUCGUGCCACUGUCUUAGCUGAAUUUGGGGAAGGCUCUGGACCGGUGUGGCUGGAUGAUGUAAAUUGCCACAAUUAUGACUUCACCCUUUGGGACUGUCCAUCUGCUGACUGGGGAGAAAGCAAAUGUCUUCACAGACGAGAUGCUGGAGUUGUGUGCUCAGAGUUUAAGAACCUCCGCUUAGUCAGUGAACAGUAUGACUGUGCUGGAAAGUUGGAAGUCUUUUUUAAUGGAACAUGGGGAGAUGUUUGCACCAAUGGAAUUGAUUCCACCACUAUCAGUGUUAUUUGUAACCAGCUGGGUUGUGGUGACAGUGGCUUUCUGGAGGAGGAUAAAUAUGAUGGAAAAGGCAGGAGAGUAAAAUGGCUAGAUGGUGUGACAUGUCAUGGAUAUGAGUCAGUCCUGUGGGAGUGCCCCUCCUCACCAUGGGGAGAAAAUAACUGCCAGGAUGGUGAGGAAGCAGUCAUAAAGUGUUCAGGCAGUACUAAAAAAAUGGUUUCAAUGACAGCUGCUCCAGUAACAGAAGAGUGCUCUGGCACGCAGAACAGAUGGCUUCCUGCAUUUGGUGCUACUUGCUUGACUCUGGGCAUAUGCCUGUGUGUCUUGUCCACUGUUCUUCUCAUCAAAGCACAAGCCAUUAUCAAACAAAAAGAUCAUAAUAAGGAUUAUGAGGUUGUAUAUGAAGAAAUUGAGCAGAAGCUGAAUCCAGAAGUGCCUGAAAACAUAGAAUUUUCAAGAAACAAAAGACAUGACAACAAUUCUGGAAACAGAAAAAUAUAUAAAGAUCAACUCUACCAAGAUGAAGAUUAUGAGGGUGAUGAGAAAUGUGACCUACAGGAAGACGAGAAAUAUGAUGACAUCAAAGUGGAACAAGAAAAACGAAUUUCUAAUUCAGGGUAUGAAUAUGUGGACUCCUCUGAUGAAACAUUGACAGAAGAGCAGCUACAAUUGGAGACAGAAUAUGAUGACACUGCAGCGAAGGACUACAUUAAUACAGAAAAUAAGAAUGAAUAUAACAAUGUGGAGCCCUUUGUUCCUGCUAAGCUAGAAGACCAGCUAAAGCCAGAGAUAGAAUAUGAUGACACUGGGGUAGAGAACUACACCAUUAUGAAAUGUCUGUCAGUCAUCAUAGUGUGUGAAGGUUCUUGGGGUGCAAGUAUGUACCGAAUAUUGGCUUUCUGGACUAUCUUUGUGUGUGUCCUUCACAUGAGUUCUGCCCUUCAGGUCCGACUGGAAGGAAGCACUCGAUGUGCUGGAAGAGUCCAGAUCUUCCAUGAUGGUCGGUGGGGCCAUGUGUGCAGCUACUCCUGGGACCUGCCUGAUGCUGAGGUGGUCUGCCAUCAGCUGGGCUGUGGCACUGCAGUUUCUGCACCUCAUCAUAUUCAUCCACAAAAUCUCCCUGACGACAGAUUGCUCACUGGUGUGAAGUGUCAUGGGAAUGAGACUGAGCUCGGAGAGUGUGACUCAAGAACUCGGGAUCAAAUGUUGUGUCAGCAUAUCUGGGAUGCAGGUGUCAUUUGUGCAGACUCUACAAAAGAUAAGCAACCAUCAGAAGACAAAGGAGACAUCAAAAUGCGAUUUAUGUCCUUUGUAAGUACCUGCACAGGAAGAGUGGAAAUUUAUUACAGAGGUCAGUGGGGGACAGUUUGCUUUACUGGAUUGGGAAUGAGAGAAGCUCAUCUCAUCUGCAAGCAAAUGAACUGUGGAGAAGCAGAAACCCUUACUAGGUUUCACAUACCUCCUAUUGACUUGCCCAUCUUGAAGGACAGAGUUCGCUGCUCUGGAAACGAGACCUUUUUGUGGGAAUGUCCUUCAGAUCCUUGGGGUCAGCAUGACUGUGAUCACAUGAUGGACACAGCAGUUAUAUGCAAAGGUGCUCUUAAUAUAUCAUUAGAAAAUGGGGGAAGUCCUUGUGCAGGGCAAAUGUUUCUAAGAAGUUCUGUACUUCAAGGAUCUAUGAUUGAUAAUAUAAUGGGUGUUUCAAUGGCCAACGUUGUGUGCACGCACAUUGGAUGUGGAUCACUUGUUUCAAUUAAAAAGGAAGCUUACUUUGGAAUAAAAAGUGUAGACCCUUGGUAUUACCCUUUUCACUGCAAUGGUAAUGAGUCAUUUCUGUGGCAGUGCUUUACUGCCAUCAUUCUUAAAAAUAAACCAACUGAAGAUCCCAAAUAUGAAUCUGCUGGAAUGGUCUGCUCUGCUCACAUUAAGCCAAGACUGUUUGGCGAUAAGGACCCCUGCUCUGGCCGUGUGGAGGUACAGUUUGGAGAGACCUGGGGGACAUUUUGUGAUUCUAACUUGGACAUGGAGGAUGCCAAUGUGGUCUGUCAUCAGCUUCAGUGUGGAGUUGCAGUGGCCACCUCGACAGGAGUUUAUGAUGAAGGAAGUGGACCUGUAUGGGACCGACAAUUUGAAUGUAAGGGUAAUGAAUCCAUACUCUAUGACUGUCCUCAGUCACCACCCAAGGCUGUAAACUGCACCCAUAGAAGAGAUGCUGGAGUGAUCUGCUCAGGAAAGGGUGGCCCUCGCUUGGUGGGCGGUGCCUCAAGGUGUUCAGGACGAGUAGAAAUCUUAUAUGAUAACACCUGGGGAACACUCUGUGACAAGAACCUAGACCUGCAAACCGCAGAUGUGAUCUGCAAGCAUCUUUACUGUGGGGCAGCUGUAUCAACUCCCUCACGAGCACAUUUUGGGGAAGGGAAGGGCCCCAUCUGGAGAGACAGUUUUCAGUGUAAUGGGAAUGAGUCACGCUUGGGGGAGUGUACGGUGUCUUGGGACAAAGCAUCUUGUGAUCACAGUAAUGAUGCCAGUAUCAUCUGCUCAGAUGCUGACUGGCAGCUUCAGCUGAAAGGUGGAGAAAGCCGCUGUGAGGGCACAGUGCAGGUGAUGCUGAAUGGCACCUGGAGACAGAUUUUGGAUUCUGAAUGGGAUUUGCAGGAUGCCAGUGUGGUCUGUGCUCAGCUAAAUUGUGGUCAGGCAGUUAAACCACAGAGCAUCUCCAGAUACAUUUCUGGGAGAGGAUCAGUCAUAUUAACUGACAUUAAUUGUGCUGGAGAUGAAUUGUCCUUACAGAACUGCUAUGUUUCUGUUAUGUCUGAACUAUUCAACAUCAGUGACAGUGUAGGAGUUUUCUGCUCAGAACACACCAAAGUCAGGCUGGCCGGUCACAGCAGCCAGUGCACUGGAAGAGUAGAAGUGUACUACAACGCCACCUGGGGGACAGUCGGCAGUAAUUCCUGGGAUUUGACUGAUGCACAGGUUGUGUGUAGACAGCUGGGAUGUGGCAACGCAGUUCGCACUGCUGUCUCUGCAGAAUUUGGAAAAGGUUCUGGACCAGUGUGGCUGGAUGAAGUAAAAUGCAGAGGAGAUGAGUUGGCCUUAUGGAAGUGCCCUUCAAUUGGCUGGCGAGAAAACAACUAUGAGCACAAAGAAGAUGCUGGUGUUGUUUGCUCAGAAUUCAAGGACCUUCGCCUUGUUAGUGCUGAGUAUGUUUGUGCUGGGAAACUGGAGGUCUUCUACAAUGGAACGUGGGGAGAUGUUUGCUCUAAUGGAAUGGAUUCAGUCACAAUCAACAUUAUCUGUCAGCAACUGAGAUGUGGAGACAGCGGUUUACUGGAAGAGGGUAAAUAUGAUGAAGCAAGUAACAAAGUAAAAUGGCUGGAUGGAGUGACCUGUUAUGGACACGAACUUGCCGUAUGGCAGUGCCCCUCACUGCCAUGGGGAGAAAAUAGGUGCCAAAAUGGUGAAGAGGCAAGGAUCCGAUGUUCAGCUGCUACUGAAAGACCUCCCACAACAGCUUCACCUGAAAGAUCCACCAUGACAGCUUCUGCACAAUUUGAAAUGUGCACUGGUGAUCAGAAUAAAUGGCUGCUCCCCUUUGGAGUGACUUGCCUGAUUUUAGGUGUAUGUUUAUGUGCUGUGUCCUCUGCCCUGUUCAUCAAAGUACGUGCCAAUGCCAAGAAACAAGAAUAUGGCAAAAACUAUGAGGCUGUGUAUGAAGAAAUAGAGCAGAAGGCAAAUGUUAACUUGGAUGAAAAGUAUGAUUCCUUAAAUGAUGUUUCAACAACAGAGUAUAAAAAUGUCGAAAUACCUGAGAAAAAGACGACAAAGGAACAACCAGAUUUGGACACAAACUAUGAUGACACUGAAACACAGGACUACGUCAAUGAUAAAGAGGAGAAUGAAGAGAUGGUUACAGCGGGGUAUGACGAUGUGGAGCUCCUCAAAUCUCCAAGUUCAGAGGAGCAGCUAAAGCUGGAGAUAUUUUAUGAUGAUGUUGAUGUAGAAGACUACGCCAAUAAGAAAGAGAUCAACGGUGACUGAAGGAGAUGAGCUAUGAAGAGCUUGAGCAUCUCUUUUUAAUGCAAGAAAACAUCAACACCUGCAUUUUUGCUUUUUAUUUUUAUUGAUGACGGAAUGUCUGAAUGAUAAUAUUAUUAUGAAUUAUUUUAAUGAGUCCAUUUUUUUUUGUAAUUGGGAAACACUUUGAAAAUCAUUAAGUAGAAAACAUAUGAAUGAUGGUCUUAAUUUUUGUAUUUCUGCCUCUGUUAUGUAGCUUUUUUUAUAGUAUAUACAGAAGAAUGUCAUAAAACUAAUUUGUGGACACAGAAGAGACUAUUGAUCAUUUUUUUCUAAACCAUGUGUAUCCCACUUAUUUCUGCAUAAACAUUUAACAUACAGUAUUCAGUGUUUGUGGUUGUGUGGAUGUGUGUAUGUCUAUUUUGCGUUUCUAUACAAAUUUUCUGUAUUAUGGUGGUAUUGACAUUUCUCACCACAAACGUUUUCAUAUACUCAACUCUUCCUUGCAGUGAACCUGCAAGAAGGGUUGAUUUAUUAUCUUUUAGUUUUUAUUUGCAGGAAGGUUGCAUAGACAUUUUUUAAGUAGGAAUUGUGUUAUUAAAUUAAGCUUAAGAAAUA